AUGUCGCGGCGAGUCGGUGACGUCAAGCGGGUUUCCUCUGCGCAGGGAUUGCUGGCCGGGGCAGCCGCGGAACUCCGAGCUCCGCUCCAAGCUGCGGAAACGGGAAUUCGGAGAUUGCACCAAUCAAUUACGCCAGCGACUCCCGUUAAACCUUCCUCAUCAUCGUCGCGCCGUUUCUCGUGGUUCCUUCCUGCUCUCGUCGGCGCACUGGCAGGCGGAGCGACUGCGGCAACUGCGCUUCAUUCGCCUCAUGCGCCCUCCCCGCUCCCAUCCGCCCAUCACGCGCAAUCCGCUGGUCCGUUUUCCGCCUUCCCCCACUACGAGUCGCGUGACUCCGCCGCCGCAGAUUCCACCCAUGCCUCCCUGCCGUUAUCUCCGCUUGAAGCUAUAGCCUCGCCUCGUUCAAGAGUUAUUCCGCGGCUGGUUCUCACCGCCGAUGCCUCUCCAACGGCUAUCCCCUUCCCCGGCCCCGACUCCCCGCCUCUGCCCGCACCUCCCCCGCAUGGAUCCCUUUCCGCGCCCCGCAGCGUGGUUGAGGGGAUUAAACGGCUGCUCCCGGGAGAAGGGGAACCUGGGGAAAAGACGGAGGCGCAGGAGGGAAGGGGAAAAGGGCCUAAGGAUGGGGAAGGAGAGUGGACGAAGGCAGUUGAGAGUGGGAAACAGGGGGGGAGUGAAGAAGGGGGAAUGGCAGGGACGGGGCAUGGGGAGGCGGAUGCGAGGGAGAAAGGGGAUGCAAGUAGUAGUGGUGGUGGGACGUGUGGGCGGAAUUGUUUGUCUCGACAUGCCAUUGCUGACGCGGCUGCAAGGGCAGCGCCUGCUGUGGUCAACCUGACAGUCAGUGUGGGGCGGGGCAUGUUCAGCGGGCAGGCGAUGGGAUCGGGGGCCAUAAUCAGGGCGGACGGGCUCAUUCUCACCAACGCGCACGUGGUGGCGGAGAUGGUCGACCCCUCCGCCUCCUCCGCGCCCUACUGGAGCUCCCGCGCCACGCUGCAGGUGACGCUGCAGGACGGACGCACGUUUGACGGCCACGUGCUGAGCUUUGACUCUCUCUCUGACAUCGCCCUCGUCAAGGUGUCAGCACUGUCACCGCUGCCGGUGGUGAAGCUGGGGUCGUCCAAGGCACUGCGGCCGGGGGACUGGGUGGUGGCAUUGGGCUCGCCUCUGCACCUCUCCAACACCGUCACUGCCGGCAUCGUCAGUUGUGUGGAUCGCAAGGGCACAGAGCUGGGGCUGAGGGGAGGUCGAAUGGAUUACAUUCAGACAGAUGCAGCCAUCAAUGCGGGCAACAGCGGGGGGCCGCUGGUGAAUCUGGACGGGGAGGUGGUGGGCAUCAACAACAUGAAGGCGCUGGCAGCUGAUGGGGUCAGCUUCGCCAUCCCCAUCGACUCCGCGGUUCACAUCCUGGACCAGCUCUCCCGCCAUGGGAGAGUGGUGCGGCCAUUCGUGGGCAUCAAGAUGUUGGAGCUCAACGCCUCCAUUGCAGCACAGCUGAGGGACAGAGACCCCUCCUUCCCCCCGGUCGAUGCCGGCAUUCUCGUCCCCCAGGUGAUUCCUGGGUCGCCUGCAGCCAGGGGUGGGUUACAGCCAGGUGAUGUGAUAGUGGAGUUUGCAGGGCAGCCAGUGACCUCUUCCCGCCAGGUGCUGGACUUGCUGGGAGAUAAGGUGGGCGUGAAGGUGCCCCUCGUUGUCAAGAGGGCACAUGGGAAGACAGUCACACUCACUAUUGUCACAGAGGAGGCCACACCUGACAUGUGA